AUGGCCGAGAAAUCUUUCAACUUGUUCUCUUCUAAAUUAGAACAGAAAAUCUCCGCUGGAUCAUCGAAUGCCAAGUCUGAUUUAGUGUCAUCUGUGAGCACAUCAAUUUCUGAACAUAAUUCGGGAAAUCCAAGCAUUACAUCAUUAACUUCAUUUCGAUCCACUGAUGUGGAAUCGAGGGACGAGUCUUUGGGAUUAAAGAGAUCUCGUAGGAAACGUCAUGAUUCACAUUCACCUUCAGCAUCAUAUGAGUCUGAUUCAGAUGAUGAGUAUUCGCGAAGUAAACGCUCAAAAAAGAAACAUCGUCAUAGCUCUCGUCUUUACAAAUCACGUUCAACUCGAGAUCGCUCAAGAAGUACACCGAGAGAUCGGAAAAAAAGGAGCGAGAGAAGAGAUGAACGUAAAGAGCAUAGUCCAAGUCCACGGAUGAUAUCUUAUGAUUCAAAGCGUUAUAUCAUUGAUCGUCGAGGCGAUCCCGACAUUUUUACAUACGGACUUAAUAAAUACAAUAUUCCAUUAUAUCACCGUGCUGGAGCUGGUCGUGUUCUUGGCUUAUCUAAUCAAUUGAGAAUUGAUCAAGAAUCCAGCAAAGGUAAUGAAGGGAUAGUAAUUCGCUCAUCAUCGAAUAAAAAAACUGUCCGAUACACAGAUAAGCGUUACGGUAUACGCGAUGAUAAGGAUAUUAUAAGAUUUGAUUUUGAAGCGAAUCGGUCAUCUUUUAAUUGGAAUCAAACAUAUAUAUCUCUUGACGAUGGCAAUGUCUCGAAAGAUGAAGAUGAAUAUUACGAUGUACCGGAUUAUCGUGACAUUGAGCGUAAAAAGGAACGUGAUAUUAAGUCAAAAGAAAAUGUGCAAGUAGAUAAAAAGGAAGGUUUAACCUACGAAGAGCACAUCAGACAGAAAACUAAGAAUCUCAGUCUCCAUCUUGAAAAGGAACCACAUAAUAUAUCCCUUUGGCUGAAAUUUAUUGAGUUUCAAAAUGAAAGUAUGCAGAUCGGGAAAAAAGUAUCGGGUUCCUCAACAAGAGCUAGCAUUAAUGAGAUCAAAAUCAGUAUAUUCGAAAAGGCUCUGGAAAAAAACCCAAAUAGCCAGGAAUUACUGUUAGGAUUAUUGAAGUGUUGCGAGGAAACAUGGGAUCCACCAAGAUUGUUAACGAAAUGGGAUCAAGUAUUGAAGGAUAAUCCUCGCGCCAUAAAACUUUGGAUGCAAUAUCUCAAUUUUCGACAAACAAAUCUCGCCUCAUUCGCUUUUGCACAGUGUGUUGAAGUAUUUGAGGAAUGUUUGGAUGUGCUUAGAGAAGCCGCAUCUUCUGAGAACUUGGAUGACCUUGAACAAACCGAGGAGACAAUGGUUCACGUGUUUAUACGAUUAUGUCAUUUCUUAAUACAAUCAGGUUACUCUGAAAGAGCAUAUGCUUGCUUACAGGGUAUAAUGGAGAUGAACUUUUUUUUGCCAGAAAUGUUAAAAGGACAAAGUUAUGAAGAACGUCUUUCGAGAUUUGGGGAGUUUUGGGAAACUGAAUUUCCACGAUUUGGGGAGAAGGGUGCCAAAGGUUGGAUGUAUUAUACUAGUCAGGAGGGUAUGAAUAAUGAUAAUGACGAGGAUAAUACGAGUUUUCAUGAAGGGAUUAUUUCACCAGAUGAAGCUGAGGACGGCUAUCACAACUGGCUAAUGGCUGAAACAGAAUUAGAGAAAACUCAGACAUUACCGCUGCAUUCAGACUCCAAAAAUGAGAACCUUGAAGUUGAAGAUCCCUUCCGAAUCGUGUUAUUUGAUGAUAUCCAAAAUUUUAUUUUCAAUCUGACUUCACCUAAAGCACGUAACAAUCUGAUAUACGCUUGCUUUAAUUUUCUCGGUCUACCAUUCAACCCUUGUCGAUCUUCGAGGCAUCCACUUGUCACUGAUGCAUUUUUACAUCCAAUAUUGACAAAUGAUUCAUUAGCAAAUUCAAAUUUUUGGCCUCCUUCGGAAAAUUCUGCAUUGACGUUAAUUAAUAAUAUUCAUGGGGUUUUGAUGGAAUCGGAGACACGUUCGGGAGAUAAUAACGUGUUCAAAUUUCCGUUGAAAACCUUUCCUCAGGAAAAUGAUAAUAUAUUCAAAUCUGAUAAUUGGUUUAGUAUCUGUGAGGAGUCAAUGCUGACAGAUUUUAACAUUACUUUUGCAAAGAAUGCAUUUAUUCAGCUUCGGAAGGUCCUUAAUGACACAGGUCUUGAUUUAUGUUAUUUGGUACUAGAAAAUCUAAUAAGCAAUAAAAAGGGACGUAAAUUGGCUAAAGAAUUGCUAAAAACAGAUAGAAUGAACCUUAUUUUAUGGAAUGGAUACGCUCAACUUGAAAAAUCACGGAAUAACAUUUCCGAGGCUCGUAGAGUGUAUAUUACUGCGCUUUCAAUGUAUCGUUCGUUUCCGGAACAAUAUCAGCUUUAUGCGUCAUUGCUACAUAGAAUGUUUGCCGAGAUGGAAUGGGAACAAGGUCGUCCAAAUACAGCGUUAAAUAUCUUAAUAAUGCUGACAGAAGAGAAAAGUUCUUUUGAUUCCAUACCCGAACAAGAUAUGCCGCCACCAUCACCGACUAGAUUGCUCAAAGCGCGUAAAUAUUACGCCCAAAAAAUUUCUCAAAUGUCUACCUUGGCUGCAUCUCAAGCCGACGCCAGAAACGUCAUACAUCUCUGUGUAUGUUUUUCCUUACUUGAAUAUCUUGGUCAGAAUCUCGGUGAAGCUUGCAAAAUAUAUGAAACGAUGCUCGCUGAAUUGAUCCUUGAAAAGGCGCUAACAAUUUUCCCCGAUAACUCCGAGUUUCUAUCACUUUAUUUCUUUAAUGAAUUGCGAACAAAAAUCCAAAAUCGUGUACGACGAUUUUUGGACGCUGCACUUGUAAAGAAACCAAGCCACGUGUUGUGGACAUUUGCUAUAUUUGCAGAGUUGCAUCUACAAAAGGCAUAUAAUCAACAUCACAUAAGAGCUCUGUUUGAAAGAGCGCUAGAGUGCCCAACGACAAGGCAUUCAGUUUCAAUAUGGAAUUUAUAUAUCGAUUUCGAGAUUAAACACAAUCAACAAGAUCGGGCAAAGGCAUUAUACUUUCGAGCAAUCAGAGAAUGUCCUUGGUCAAAAGAUAUAUAUCUACUUGCCUUUCGACGUCUUCGUUCCCAUUUCUCCACAGAAGAACUAGAAGAGGUGAUGAAUUUAAUGCUAGAGAAAGAAAUUCGAUUGCGCAUACCAUUUGAGAAAUAUGUCGACGAUGAUGAUAAAAAUUAUGAAUUAAUGGAUGUUAAUAUACCAUCAAUGAUUUAA